AAGUUCUCCAUAUACAUAAAUAAAUUACCAGAAAGAUGAACGGUGUCAUCCAUCUUUGUUUGGCCUUGGUAGCUUUUUCUGCUUUCAGCCAUGGCCACCAUGAUGUCGAUCAUCAUCAUGACCAUCACGAUGGAAUCCAAGCUGCUAGCAAGAUCCAUCGAAAUAUUGCUCAAUUUGCAACUGAACUCUACAAAAUACUGGCUCCAAAAUCAGACAAUGAAAAUAUUAUCAUCUCACCCUGCAGCAUUUCUAUAUUGCUCUCACUUCUGUUAUUAGGGACAAAAUCAACCACCCAUGCAGAGAUUUUAAAGGGCCUUAGUUUUAACUUGACAUCCAUUCAGGAAGAGGAGAUCCACCAGGGGUUUCAUGAACUUCUCCAUUUGCUCACACACUCAGAUAAUGAGUUCAAGCUUGAUACUGGACAGGGCCUGUUUUUAAAGGAUGACAUUCAACCAUUGCAGACAUUUUUAGAUAAGAUCAAGGAAUUUUAUGAAGCAGAAAUCCAAGCCACAAAAUUUCAGGAACCAAAAGAAGCUGCGAAACAGAUCAAUGAUUACAUAGAGAAAAAAACACAUGGAAAAAUUGUGGAACUAGUCAAGGAUCUUGACCCGGAAACUGUCUUUAUUCUGAUUAACUACAUGUACUUUAAAGGGAAGUGGAAGAUUCCUUUUGAUCCACAGUUCACAGAGGAAGCAGACUUCUUUGUGGAUCAGAACACAACGGUGAAAGUCCAAAUGAUGCAGAGGAUGGGUUGGUUUUACUACUAUAUUGAUGAGCAGCUGUCUUGCACAGUAGUACAGAUGGAGUACAAUGGCACAGCCACCUCAUUUUUUGUUUUGCCUGAUCCUGGAAAAGAGAAGGAAUUGGAUGAGGCUCUAUCAGUAAAUACUCUGAACAAAUGGGCACAUAACUUACAAAGGCAUACAGCAAGGGUCUCUAUCCCCAAGUUUGAUAUUUCAGCAACUUACAGCUUAAAGGAACCCCUCUUCCAACUCGGUGUUACUGACAUCUUUACUGACCAUGCUGAUCUGUCUGGAAUCACUGAGCAGCCUUUGAAAUUGUCUGAAGUUACUCAUAAGGCUGUGUUGACUGCUGAUGAAAGUGGAACUGAAGCAGCAGGAGCAACUGCUGCAGAAGCCAUUCCUAUGUCGGUGCCUCCAGACUUUCAAUAUAACCGUCCUUUUCUAAUGCUGAUUUUUGAUACAAAAGCCAAUGCUACAUUAUUUGUGGCCAAGAUAAAAAACCCAACUCAGCACUAAAACAAAGAAACAGAGUGCAGUAGAUUCUGAAUACAGUUCCAAAAUAAAGCAUCACUGUAACAUGAA